UUCAUUUCUCGUUGCGAGCGGACGUCUUUCGAUUGUUGCUGCGGUAAUUUUGGAGCUUUGAGCGUUCGUUGCGCGCGUAUUUCCCUACCAAUUCAAAUCGUUAGCUGGAAUUCGUUGAAAUUAAUCAAAAAAUAAAGCAAAAUCAAAUUGUGCCAAACCUAAAAGAGAGAAGAAAAGAAAAAUACUGCAGAAGUAAAUCUAUGAAUAAAACACAUACAACAAAUCAAAUGCAACAAAUGCGACGUCUGCAAAUCGCGUGUUAAACAAAAUAAAAAAGUGAAACAAGUUGACUACCCCUAAUUACAUAGAAAAGUGUGUGGACUACCCCUAAACUAGCAAAAAGCAGUUAUAAAUUUGUCGGGGCAGCAGCUGUGCAUAUUAUUUGCGACGCAACUGUAAACACAAAAAGCCGUCAAACUGUGGGGCCCCGGGGCAUAUUAUCUUCCUCCGCAAGGAAUGUAUUAUCCGGUAUGUACCAUGGCAACAGAACCUAAUGCGAUACAGCACAUGGUGGCGCCUUUUGCGGGCGCACCGGCUGGCUUCGCUGCCGCACCUGGACCGGCGGCUGCGGCCGCUGUGGGUGCACCAACAGCAGCAGCAGCAGCGGCGGCCGACAGCCUGUCUCUGGCCGUGACAGCAGCCACGAUAAAAAGUGAGCAGCCGGCAGUGGGCAUGCAGCUGAAGGCAUCGGGCGAGUCCUCAGCCGCUGGCAAUGGCAACACAGGAGGAGCCGCCGCAGGAGCGCCAACAGCGGGCUCAACAGCAGUGGCAGUGGCAGCGGCCACCAGCGUUGCCGAUGGCGUUGUUGUUAACACGCCGCUGUAUAUGCAACAACAAAAGACAAAUCUGUCAACACAACAACAACAACAGCAGCAACAAGCAACACAACAACAGACACAGUACAAUGGCAGCAUCAGCAAUGGAGCUGCUGCCGUCGUGCCAGCAACAACUGCCACGACGCUGGUCACGCAACAACAGCAGCAGCAGCAGCAACAACAACAGCAACAGCAGCAGCCACCCGCAUCUCUGACAAAUGGACACGCCAUGGAGCAACUGCAGCAGCAACAGCAGCAGCAGCACUACCGCAUACCCCCACAGAAUGUGCUCAGCAUUUCCACAGUAUUGAUUGCCAAUGAGGCAGCCGAGCCACAGCAGAACUCAGCGUUGCCACAUGCUGGCGGUGGCGCCACCGCAGGUGGCACUGCCGGAGCUGGCGGCGGUGGAGGGGGAGUUGGCAGUGGAAGUAUUGGUACGCCAAGCUCACCGCUCAGCAGCUCACCGUCCAGCGUUACAGUUGUUGCCGCCACAGCAGCCACACUCAACGGCAACAGCAGCAGCAGCUGCAGCAACAACAACAACACCAGCAACAGCAACGAUGGUAAUGCAUCGGGCAACACAUCACCAAUUGCCAGCGGCGAGCCGCUGCUACAAACACCACCAGCCGCGCAGCAACAGCAACAACAACAACAACAGCAGCAGCAACAACAGCCAACACUCAAUAUAUGCAGCAGUCCGACAGCAGGCACCUCGGUGACAGCCAGCUCGAUAGCAGCGGGCGCAUUGGCAGCGACCAGCAGCAACAGCAUCUCGACAGGAUUGCUGCCGACCACCGGGCUAGUGGAUAGUAAUGCCAAUUGCGGGGUCGCAGCUGCAGCUGUUGCCGCCAGCACAUCGCAGGUGUUGGCGCAUCUGAGUGGGGCAAGUGGCAUCAUGACUGCCGCGGUGCAGUCCCCGAAUGUGGUAACUAGUCUGAGCAGCGCUCUAGUCCCAGCCCAGCCCGUCUCAUCGGUGGCAGCUGCCGUUGCUGCUGCCGCCUCGUUGGAUCCCAAGAGUCAGCCGAAGCGUCUGCACGUCUCCAACAUACCGUUCCGCUUCAGGGAUCCCGAUUUGCGUGCCAUGUUUGGGCAAUUUGGCCCCAUUUUGGAUGUGGAAAUCAUUUUCAAUGAACGCGGCAGCAAGGGAUUCGGUUUUGUAACAUUCGCUAACAGCAACGAUGCAGAACGAGCACGCGAACGUCUUCACGGCACCGUGGUUGAGGGACGCAAAAUCGAGGUGAAUAACGCCACUGCACGUGUACAAACCAAAAAAGUGACAGCAGUACCCAACGUUGUACUGACCAAAGACGGUGCCAUACCGGCUCCAGCUCUAGUUUGUGUGCAAUGGCCUGAAGCCGUAGCCGCCGCUGCCAUGCGUGGAGUUGCCAUACAGCGUGGACACGUGGGCGUGGUCGGUGCCGCACCCUACCAUCAUCCCCAUCAUCCGCACCAUCAUCAGGCGCUGGCAGCCGUCGCUGCCGCCGCCCAGCAGCAACAGCAACGUCAAGUGGCCGCCGCCGCCGUGGCCGCAGCAGCCGCCCAACAGCAGCAGCACCAGCAACAACAGCAGCAGCAACACCAACAGCAACAGCAGCAACACCAACAACAACAGCAGCAGCAGCAACAACAACAACAGCAACAACAUGCCGCAGUCGCCGCCGCCGCCGCUGCCCAACACUCACAGCACGCCGCUGUCGCCGCCGCCGCAGCCGCCGCUGCUGGCCACACACAUCCGCAUGCCCAUGCGCACGCCCUCGCCCCCCAGCUGGCCCAGCUGCAGCCAACGCUCCAGGCCGUCGCCGUGCCCGCUGGCGCUGGCAGCGCUGCGGCAGCUGCUGCCCAGCAGCAAUCGGUGCUGCAACAAUCACUGGCAGCGGCUGCUGCCGCACAGAAUCAGGGCGUGGCGGGCAAUGCCGCUGCCGCCGCGUAUGCGGCUCGCCUCUCCGCUGCUGCAACGGCUUCCCAAACGCCGGCCGCUGCUGCUGCGGCUGCUGCUUCCAUGGCUGCGUCGGCCAAUGCGGCCAACAGCGCUGCAGCUUUGCAUGGAUUUGCGCCCGUAUACUAUGAUCAUCCCUUCUUAGCAGCCGCCGCUGAUCCAAAUCUACGCUUCCAGGCAGCCGCCAAACCGGUCACUGAAGUUCCAGCCGCACAGCCAGCCGCCAUAUUAAAUCGCCGCACUGUGACUACGCUAAACAGUACCCCACAUACGAUCAACCGCAUUCCGGUACCACAGAAUGUUUUGGCCACAGCUCCGCUGUUAAAGACACCCCUGUCUCAGGCCCAGCAGCAGGCAUACGCCACAGCGGCCACCACUUACACGGCGGUCGCUGCCCGGUAUGGCGCCGCCGCAGCUGCCGCCGCCCAACCAGCACUCGCUGGCUACGCCACCGUAGCGGGAUAUGCGCGCGAAUAUGCGGAACCUUAUCUAGGCCAUGGAAUUGGACCCGUGCCUGGCUAUGGGGCAACAAUGUAUCGCGGUGGACGAUUCAUGCCAUAUUAAAAAGCUACACAAGUCAGCCAAAUAAUGCACUUGGACUCCUCUCGAAAAUGCUCAAUGUAUGAACAAAAAUUAGACGUAAAUACUCGUACUCCUCCUCUACAGUGCAGUAAGUAGCAGUUAACUCUAAACUGAUAGAUGCAGAUACUCAAUCCACACUGAACAGACGCUCAAAGAUGAAACUAAUACAAAUUGAAAUCCACACUCAAUAUGGAGAGUUGAAAAUCAAAGCUAAAAGCAGCCACAUCAAAAAACAAAAACUCGAAAAAAAACAAAAAAAAAAACAACAUGCAAACUGUGGCAAAUUAAGCAAAACAAAAAACAAAUCAAUGUCGUCCAAAAAAAGAUAAAAAAAAAAGAAAAGAAAGAAGAGAAGAAAGCAAAUGCAGUAUAAACAAGAUAUUUAAAUGGCAAUUAGUUUGCAAAACGUGCUUCAUGCGUAGAUUUUUAACAAAAACAAAAGCUGAAAUUUUUGUGCGGCAAAUCAGAAUUUAUAUAUAAAUAUAUAUAUAUAUAUAUAAAAUAUAUACCCACGGGAUAUAUGUAUAAUUAUUAUACCUAUAGAUAUUGUAUUUGUAUAUCAAAAAUGAGCAAUUUUUAUGUAUUUUCAAGCUGCAUACUCAAAAAAAAAAGAAAAAGAAAAAGCAACAAAAACGAAAGAAACACUUUUUUGUUCAAUAAGUUAGCUUUAUAUUUAUGAUUAUUUCUGUUUCAUGUAAUUGUUACAUUUAGCAUUGUAGUUUGUAGUCAACCAAAAGCAACAAAAACAAAUUCUACAUUAUUUUUCUAUAAUAUACGCAAAAGCUAUGGAAAAAAAGUUGCCAAAACAAACAACAAAAAUACGAUUAUCCAAGUAUAUACAACAUACAUAUAUAUUAUAUAUAUUCACUUUUGGAGCACAAACAGAUUUUAUCCACGAACAUACUUUCCUUUUUACAAUUUGACAACUCCAAAGAAUACUCGUUUUAUUACAUGUACAUUUUGCAAAAGAUCCUUUUAUCAACGAAUUUAUUUUUAAUAUUUAAUGUUUUAAUACAUUUGCUUUUGCUUUCUAAUUGUUCCUAGUAUUUUAUUUGGCAGCUAAAAUGCAAAGUCAACUCAAUAAAAUUGCUCAACACGUAGCGCAUAGGUACUCGUAAAUGCAAAAGAUCAACACGUAGACAUAUCCUUGGAAUAUACAAUAAUAAUUACUUUAAUGCGGCCCUAGCAGCUAGCUAAAGAAUAAUGAGAAAAAUAAACUACAAAUAAUAAUACAUGAUAGUUUUUAACUUCAAGCUUCCAGUGACAGAAAGAAAAUCCUCAGAAAAGAAAUCGUGAAAAUUGUGUAGUAAGCAUUAAAUUUAAACAUUAAAAAAAGUAACAAGUAAAAAAGUAAAUUUUUAGCUCUUAACUCCGUAGCACUUUCUUUGUGUGUUGUGCAAAAAAAAACUAAACAAAAAAAAUUACAAACAAAAUGAGAAAAAAAAACUAAAAUUUAUAAAUUAUAAAACUUCACGUCGUUUCAGUGUUGUUCUUUUUUCGGCCUAGACCACGAAACUUCCCUACAAACAAGCUAAGAAUUUAUUUGACACACACUAUAAAAGUCUAUAUAAUGCACACAAUUAACUUUAAACGUUGUGUAUUUUGAAAUGUUUGUUGGAGAAAUGAGAAAUGGAUGUGAAAACUCUCUCUGCUCAAAUAAAUAAUACGAAGUCUUUCUCUAUUUCGAUUCUUAGACAGCUACUGUCGUCAAAUUUAUACUAGUUGUUUAAAAACAAACCUACGCUAGAACAAACAAAUACCUUUCAUUAGUUAUUGUGUGUGUGGUAAUUGUGCAAUCGUUCUUUAGGUGUUGCUUUCGAAUAUCUCCUUACAACUAGAUUCAUUAAAAUACUCGAAUACUCUAACAUACACGUCACACAUACGUUUAUGCUCCAUUCAAGAGCCAGAGUCCAAAGAGCUUCUACUUACAACAGUCACACACUGUCUCAGAUUGUACAUAUUAAUUAUGACAUUUCUUUAAAAUAACAAACACGCACACACACACGAUCUUAUUCGCACACACACACACGAACAACAACAACAGAAACUUGAAGCAAUUUAUGUCAUACUCAGUUUUGAAAUGUUUUCACAAUGUUUCUUUAAAUAUUAUAAAAAGAAAAAAUACUAAAAAAAAAAAAAUUAUAUAUAUACAAUGUUUUAAGCAUAAUUACGUUGACAUUUUUCAAGCCAAAGUUUAUAUUUAUAAAAUGAUUUUUAGUUAGAUUUAGUUUUUAUGCUGACAGACACACAAAAUCAAUGUACGAAAAGUGAAAGAUUAACAAACAAAAAACAAAAAAAAAAAGAA